GACAGCACUGAUAAAUACGCAUAACCACCGCUACUGCCAACUUCAAUAUGAAAUUGAGUCGCAACUGCUAACCACUGCAAGGGAGAAGUACUUGUAGGAUUACCUGCCGGUCCAAGAGAAAUCACCUUUUGUGAAAAUAAAAAAGGCAACUGUUUUCCACCUGCACCCUGUUUGUGAAGUAUGGCUCUUCAGUUUGUUUCACUCAAAGACUGACAUGGGAUUGUUGGUAUUUCACCACAUGGACAUCAAUUAUGAUUAUUAUGAACACCUCAACACCACAUCUCAUGAAGACCACAGGCAUGAGGCAUUUUCAUUGUUUAGCAGAGUUUUCCUAGUCUGUAUGUACUCAUUUGCCUGUAUCCUUGGAGUGUCAGGAAACGCUUUGGUUCUUAUCAUUUUUAUUUUCUAUGAGAAAGUGAAGGUGUUGACAGAUAUAUUUUUAGUGAGCUUGGCUAUAGCUGACUUGUGCUUUCUUUGUACAUUGCCAUUCUGGGCAUAUUCUGCUGCUCAUGAAUGGAUCUUUUACACUUUGCCAUGUCAAAUCAUCCGAGGCCUUUACACCUUGAAUCUGUACGGUUCCAUGUUAACCCUUACCUGCAUAACCAUUGACAGGUAUUUUGCUAUUGUCCGAGCCACCAAAGCUCACAUCAGCCAAGCCAAAAGAAUAGUCUGGGGCAAAGCAGUUUGCAUUUUGGUCUGGGUGAUUUCCCUGGCAUUUGCAUUGCCACAGUUUUUAUUUAGUAUACAGGCUGAGUUUGACAAAAAGGUAUGCAUUGCAAAUUAUUCUACGCGCUUUUUGGAGCUGUUCACAGAAGUAACUCAGAUGGUUCUUGGAUUCUUCUUCCCUAUGAUGGUCAUGGUUAUUUGCUACUCGAUUAUUGUGAAGACGUUAUUUGAUGCCAAGGGUUUCCGCAAGCACAAAUCCUUAAAAAUAAUAUUUGCUAUCGUUGUGAUGUUCAUUUUUACACAGACACCCUUCAACCUUUUGAAACUCAUUCGGGCUGUAUACCAGAGUGUCAUUCUGGAUGAGAGGUUUGAUUAUGCUUUGAUCAUAACAGAAGCCAUUGCUUAUUUCCACAGCUGCCUCAACCCUGUUCUCUAUUUCUUUAUCGGGGUGAAGUUUAGGAAGAAUUUGGCAAAAAUUCUUAAAAGCAUUGGAUGUGCUAAACAUCAACAAAUCACAAAGCAAUGGCAAACUACUGAAGAUGAUGGCUCAAAAACCUGCACUGCCACACAUAAUGCAGAGGAAACAAGAAUGUAUUCAUUGUGAGAGAAUUUUAAAGAGCAUACAUGAAUAUCUUUAGCUUCAUUUUAGUCACCCUGAGCACUCACGAAAGCAGGUGCAAUGAGCUGAAUCUUCUCAAUAUAGCGAUCAUAUUUGCAAAGCUUUCCUGCAAGGAAAUCUUACAGAAUCUCAUUGCCAUCCUGACUCAUAUGUCACAGGCAUCUUCUGGCUGAACACUCAAUUGUGUUAAAAAGAGCAGUUUUAGAACAGAUACCAAGAGGGAGUUUGGAUUGAAACCUAGUAUUCACUUUUAUUUUAAUUGGCCACUGGGAAGAUACACCCUUUGCCUCCCAGGAAGAACAUCAUGGCAAAGGGGAGAUUAAACUGGCCCCAGCUGCUCUAAUGCUCAUUUCUCCUUCUCUAUGCCUUUUUUCCUUUGGUAUUGUACCUAUAAGAUUGUGAGCCAAUGGGCAAGGACUAACUUUAUUGUUUAAUCUUUGUACAGUGCUUAGGAAAUGUUAGGCAUUUUAUAAGUGCUAAAUAAUCUUAAUUUGCAGCACAAAGUACAGCUGCAAAGCAUGAAUAUAGAUCAAACAGCUAGAGUGAUAUGUCCUUUAUACACCAGAAAAUUGCAAAUAGUGUUUUU